AAUCUGAACUUUGAUAGAGAUAUAAAUGACUAAGAUUUCAGAAUUUGCCCUAUAUAAAGGAUUUGAGCUACAAAUUUAGAAUUACUCCAGAAACAUUCAAAUAAUAAGAAUUCACAAGAUCUUACUCGUCACAGGUCAUACAAAACAAGUAAUGGAUAUUCAGAGAUCCUCGUACAUUUUCAUUGCAGUUUUUGUCAUUAUAAUGUUUCUCGCCAUAGGAUCAAAAGCAAGAGCAGAGAUAUAUGAUCCCAAGUGUCCGGGGGUAUGCUCACCUGAAAUUGUACCAAACUGCAAGACACUAUGUGGUAGCUUAGGGUAUCAUGCUGGAGGCUACUGUAAUGGAUUAACGUGUUGCUGCAAAACCAAAAUCCUUUAAACCUUCUAUAUGAUAUCCCACCUCCUUUAAUUGUUUACGUUAAUCUUGAUUGCUCUCUGAUUGUAUAAAAUAAAAUCUAAUAAAGUUUUAAACUUAUAUACAAAACAUAUAUGUAUUGAAACUUUUGGCUAAAC